UGUGGCCGGCAAAGGGUGUGCAUUGUGGUCAUGGCUAGAGCUCUCCUCAUCUCACCUUCCUUCUUCAUCUUCUUCAUCUUUCUCAUUUUCUCUUCUGCCAAGAUCCCAGCUUUCGGAGAAGAAUAUAGUUAUGUCAAGCGUGUCAAUCCUAAGAAAAUGAAGAUGUUGAAGGAAAAGUUAAGUCAUUUUCGACUUUAUUGGCAUGAUAUUCUUAGUGGGUCUAAUCCAACCUCAAUUCCAGUAGUUAAACCGGUGAAUAACUCAUCAACAUUCUUUGGUUCAAUAAAUAUGAUCGAUAAUCCAUUAACCAUUGAGCCAAAAUUAAACUCAAAAAUGGUUGGAAAGGCCCAAGGGUUUUAUGCGUCUGCGGGACAAGAAAAUUUUGGAUUGUUGAUGGUUAUGAAUUUUGCAUUCAACGAUGGCAAGUAUAAUGGUAGCACAUUUACUGUGAUAGGACGAAAUGAUGUUUUUUCUAAGGUGAGGGAAAUGGAGAUAGUUGGUGGCAGUGGGCUUUUUCGAUUUGCUACAGGUUAUGUUCAAGCAAAAACUUACAUGUUCGGUACCAAUGGAGAUGCCAUUGUCGAAUACAAUGCCUAUGUUUUACAUUAUUGAUAUUUUUCCUUUUUUUAACUUUUCGGACGAGCUUUGUUCCACAGUGAUAGACUUGAAUUAUUGUGUGUUCCCACCAUAGCUAAGUGGGGUUCUCUAGUUUUGCUUAAUUUAAUUAAAUUAAGUUACUUUUACUUUACCUAAUUUAUUGUAAGCAUGCAAUAAUAAAAUAAAAUUUAAGUA